AUGUGCCAUGAAGAUCACUAUGGAGGAUACUUUGGGGGACAGAAGACAGCACAUAAAGUCCUCCAAUCAGUGAAGAUUGAGCACAAAGCAUAUUGGGCAAUCAAGGCCGCCAACUAUGACUUGAAUUCUGCCGUGAAGCAGCGCAUGCUACAAUUGGAGGAGUUGGAUGAGCUACGCAACGAGGCGUACGAGAAUACGAGGAUCUACAAGGACAAAGUGAAGCGACUGCAUGAUCGCCGUAUUUGCCAUAAGAAGCUUUGCCCCAGAAUGAAGGUGCUCUUGUUCAAUUAUCGACUGAAGUUGUUCCCGGGUAAGCUGAAAUCUCGAUGGAGUGGUCCGUUUCUACUUAAGGAGGUGUUUGAGCAUGGUGCUGUCGAACUAUUCAAUGAAAACACGAAGGAGAGCUUCAGAGUGAACGGUCACCGAGUGAAGCCAUAUUAUGAGCACCAGAGCCCGUCGAUGGAGGUGGAGGCUCAAGCUCUGCACAAUCCGAGCUAA